CUCUGUAGCGGAUCCCGUGGUCUGCAGGCUUGCUGAAAAGUCUAUUCUCCGGCGUCCUGGAGGAGCCUAGGGAGUGGCAGCUCCCGCGGAUCCGGCGGGUCGCAGAGACCUGCCCCCAAGAGGACAAGUCUUGCAGUGUUAAGUGUUUUCCUUGGGGUGCUCAGACGGUGAAAAUCAGAGAUCAGGUCACCUUUCUGUGAGCCUUCUGCUGAGUCUAAAGGAGCUCUUGAUCAGAAUGGCUUCAGGAUGGUUUUUCCUGUCCUGCAUGGUGCUGGGAUCCCUGGGGUCAAUGUGCAUCCUCUUCACCACCUACUGGAUGCAGUACUGGCGCGGUGGCUUUGCCUGGGAUGGUACUGUGCACAUGUUUAACUGGCACCCAGUACUUAUGGUCUCCGGCAUGGUGGUGCUCUAUGGAGCUGCCUCACUGGUGUACCGCCUGCCUUCAUCGUGGGUGGGGCCCAAGCUUCCCUGGAAAGUUCUCCAUGCAGCACUGCACCUGCUGGCCUUCACCUUCACUGUUGUGGGGCUGAUUGCUGUCUUUCGGUUUCACAACCAUUCGAAAAUCACACACCUCUACUCCCUGCAUAGCUGGCUGGGCAUCACCGCUGUCGUCCUCUUUGCCUGCCAGUGGUUCCUGGGCUUUGCAGUCUUUCUCCUGCCCUGGGCAUCCCAGUGGCUGCGAAGUCUCCUGAAACCUGUGCAUGUCUUCUUUGGAACCAGCAUCCUUUCCCUGUCCAUCACAUCUGUUAUUUCUGGCAUCAAUGAGAAGCUUUUCUUUGUUUUGAAAAAUGCCACCAAGCCCUACUCCAGCCUGCCUGGUGAGGCUGUCUUUGCCAACAGCACAGGGCUCUUGGUAGUGGCUUUUGGCUUGUUGGUUCUCUAUGUUCUUCUGGCUUCAUCAUGGAAGCGUCCAGAUCCAGGAGCUCUGACUGAUAGACAGCCCCUGUUGCAUGACAGGGAAUGAAGUGGGCAGGGGCUCCUGGGAACAGUCAGCGAUGCAGCCUCUGCUCCCUCAGAAGCUCUGCUGAACUGGGGCUCCUGGCUGGUUUCAGCAGCAGACUUCUCUUGGGCCAGAGACCAAGCUUGCUCCUCCAGUUCCAGGCUUGCUCUCUCCAGCUACUUGCUGUCCACCUGCUGUUCUUGGUGGCUUGGACUUGUUGCCAUUUUUCCAGGUCCUCCAUUUGCACAAGGACCUCCUUGCCUUGGUCACACAUGUCUCUUCUGCUGGUCUGCAGAUUUCAGGCUGCUUUCCUUACCACUCCUAGGGAUGUGGUAGAAGCCAAAGCUGGAGUUCAAAUGUAGUCUACACGUGUAAAAUAUGAAGUUUACUCUCUGUGGGAGCAUUUGUCUCCGUUAGGUAGGCUUCCUCCCCCUCUGCUCUGUCCUGGAUGUGCAUUUGGGUGGCCGUUGCCUUGAGAGGUAACUCAUAGGAUAGUGGCAGCCGGAGAAGCCUUUGCUGUAAAGACAGGUGCCCGAUACGCUGCUCUUUUCACUCUGAUGCACUAUAUUGUGUGUAUUGUGACCGUGUCAUUCCCCCUCUUCUAGCUGCUGCUCCAGCUGCUUCCUGGAUCCCGCCCUUUCCCUGUGACUUACAUGCCUGUUCCCCUCACGUAGCCCUACAAGCUCUGUUAAACAGUUCUCCCAAGAACAGACGGCCUGUCCCUACAGUCCCAGUGAUAAGUGUGGGCUUUCUUUGGCCUUCCUUUCUGUCCCUUUGUGGGUAUGGGCCUUUCUGCUCCUCUAGCUAUACUCUCCCCUGACAGGGCCCCAGCCCACUAUGAAAUUGAAACCAGCAUUAUGAAGCAAUUUGCUGGGCAGAGCUCUGGGAGCCAUUCGUUGCUGCUGCCUUCAGAGGUGUUCCUUAUUGAGUAGUGGGUGCUUCUAGUCCCCAAAAAGUCACCCAGAUACCCUCCAUGGUAUACCAGAAUGUGAACUUUGCUCUUCUCCUGAAUAGAAACUGGGUAGAGAGGGAGGAGUCUUGCCCGACUCCUUUGUGUUAGCCUGUGGCACUACAUGCUUUCAUAGACAAGCCCUGCCAGGUCCCUCAGCAGGCAGGUGGGAAGAGUUGGGUUCCUGCACUUGCUACAGACAGUGACCAAGCUGAACUUCAGCCCGGCUGCCAGAAGAUGGGAGGAGGGCUGGCACGGACUUGCUGACUAAAUGAAGCCUGAACACCAUUGGGAUGACUGCUUGGCACCUGUAUGAACAUCUUCCUGGUUCACUCAUGAGUGGGUAUUUUACUUCAUGAAUCUGAUUUUUAUUAAAUGUGUUUUUAAACAUC